GGACAACUGUGAACGGACUGCAUUUCCAAUGGAGCGAGAUGCACUUGAUUUAUUUCGGGUUGGUUCCACUCAUGCUAUCAACAGUAACUGAAAUAUCAGCUGAAAUCGACCCUCCCAAUGAUAGACUUAAGGAAGUGUUGUUGAACAGUGGAUUGGGAGUGAGUGUAGUCCGAGUCCUCGAAUCGGGGAAGGGCUUUUUAUCAAAUAUCUGGAAACAACCAUUUUCACCAGCGAGGAGUUCCUUUCAACGCCACUUGACAGAAGCAAGAAAUAUUACAGAGAGAGAACGCAUCCCACACUUAAUCAAAGCGUUGCAAGCGCUUGCUAUCGGUUUAGAUAACGUUAACAAAGUCAUGGAAAGCAUGACGGCCUUUCAAAGCAGGAUUUCCAAAGUUGAAACGCUACUCCGCGACACUCGGAACAUCCAGGUCAAAACAGGACAUGUUGAACUUGUACAAGGAAUUUAUGAUGACAUUGUAGGAUUGUUGAAUCUUUUUGACGCGGAUCGAAAUAAUAUAACAUUUAUAUGGUAUAAAACUAUCAUUCAACAGGUGGAGCAUUUCACGUAUGAGUGGCUUGACCUGUAUUUCUCAAUGGAUCAGUCAGCGAAAAAAAUGUUUCGGUACAUGAAAAAACGUAUUCGGUACCUUCAGAAAAUAACGUCGUCGUUGUCUGAAACGUAUGAGCGAGAUGUCGAUGGAAUAGCGAAAGAAUUGAAGUACAAAUUACGUCAAUUGAAUCAAGCAUCGGCGAAGACGGUUAGAAUUGCACUAGGAUAUGAUUUUAAACUGCACAUGGAUGACAUGGAGAGAUUCCUAAGGGCCUAUGGCGUGUACACAUAGUAAUAAGAAUAGAUUUGCAAUUAUAUUGAAUUCUUUCAAGUGACGAUGAUCAUAAAAUAACAUGUGGCUGAAUGUCAAAUAAAAAACUUAUACACA